AUGAAGUGCCCUUGGAAGCAAUCUCCUGCCGUUCGACUGGCAUCUCCUACUAUGGACCGCGAGGGUGUGAAGCUGAGCCUUACGGGGGACAGACUUAGCCAUGGAAAAAUACAUGGCGGAAGAAGCGGGCGCCCUAGUACUCCCUUGCCGUCAACAGAUCCAGGGCAGAAGCAGACUGGUCAUUCCCAGUGGCACGAUCGACCCGGUGGCCCUAUGUCUCUUCCAGGUUUGCAUCGCAGCUCGCCUAGUACUGAAAUGCUAAAGCCGUCGAGUUGCUCGCAACACUUUGGAUUGCAGGGUACUAAAUCCAGAGCGACUAUCCCUGACUUAGAGGACAAAAAGCAAGGAUUUUGUUUGCCUGAAACAGAUCUUAGAUCUGUGGGGGUCGAAUCACCCGAGAAGGGGCCUGUAAAGCUGGGAUUCGUCGCGACCGGAAAGGAACAUGCGGGGUCUAUGCAAAGCGAUGAAGCCGUUGCAACAGUGGCCGUUAACACGGAUUUUGUCCUGAGGCCGCCUUGGGCUUCCGUCCAUAUUGGCUCCCAUGACCUGUCGUUGUGCCCACCCCAACCCAGGAGGAUAAUUUCUGCUGCACAAGCUGCAGCCGCCUCGUUUAUGGGAACAACACAGCGAUCGGAACACCGAAGCUCAUCGUUAGCCUCACGCGCUUCAGUUGUACCUCGCAGGCGAACCUUCACAACAUUUCGCGAAUGGCUGGCCCAAGAUCACCGCCAUUCCCGAAAGGCGUGGGGACCGAAUGGGCAGUUUCCUGCUCGCAGGGGCCUGAGCCACAGCGCCACAACGGAGCGCUCUCGCAUCCUGCUGUCUGCAGCAGCUAUGAAGAGGAGUGCUGCGGAAAGCAGAGCACGCCAUGCUGUUGAGGCUGAAGUGAGGGAACUCAGCACAAAUCAAACUCCACAGCAGCAACAGGAAGCAUACGUGAAAGCCCAGCAAAAGGCACUAGCACUCCAGCGGCAGCAGCAGCCAACUGUCGACGAGGCGGUAGCGAGAGAGGAAGCACGAGCUGCGGCUGCUGCUGCUGCUGCCGCAGCUGCCUCUGCUGCGAUAGCCCAAGCGCAGUGGCCUUCGCGCCAUAAGCUCAGGCAGCAGGAACUGGAGCAAAUGCACCGCCAAGAGGCAAAAGUAAAACGAGGCUCAGCUUCGGACUCAGUGAGCGAUAGACAGCAGCCAGCAGCAGGGGACCGCAGCCCAUCACGACCGAGAAGUAACGAUACCCCAGCUCAGGAGGCACGGAAGCAAAAGUCCGAGCAGAUCCCUGAAGGACGUCAGGGUCCAUCUGCUCCGCGUAAGCCUGAAAUAACACCCGUAACGGCAGCAGCAAAAACUAAAUAUGCUACAGGAAAGCCCCUAACGCUGCCACCUCAGUGCCCGUGGCCGACUAAACCUCGACCACCUGGAAAUUCUUCAAGGAAGAGGCUCAAACAACUAUCUGCUCAGGAACGGUUACAACGAAGCCCAACGAGGAAAAAUGCGGACACAAACAAUAAUAUCGACUGUCUGGACGGGGCUUCACAGGCCUCCGGUGACGAGGAGGAUGCUCAGCCCUUCAACCCCCUAGACGAGGUGUUGGUGCUGUUGCGAAAGAUCAAAAGAGCUGAAAGUUAUUCAUUCAGUAUACCGCGUUACAAGCGAAGUGUGCACAAGGGCACUAGGAAUGACGGAACCCAGCAGCAGGCUGUCCACGUAGUCUCAGCAGUUGCUGAGAGCGUCUGGAGCAACUCCAAGACCACCGAAUCCAGUGGAAAGAUUCUGGCUGAUCUAGGACCUUCCGAGCCUGAAGGCGAGCAACGAAACGAUCAUCAACACUACGAAAGGAACCCUUCGCAGCAUGGGUUAUCGAGGCUUAAGUACCUUCCACUGGAGGCUUUUGACAUUCCUGAAGAAUAUGGCGAAGCAUCGCCUGAAGCUUUGUUGCAGCGCUGCCGAUUUGAAUGCCAGCAGCGCCGUCUUAAAAUGAGGCACCGCAGCAAAGUGUCCUCAGCGCAAACCGUUAAUGUGCACCCUACGCAGUGUGAAGCCGUCAACCAGAUCUGUAAUGCUGAUGGGUGCACUCUUCCCGAGAAUGCCGAAGCCUCCGCUACUACUCCUAGUGAAGAUGCGGUAGAAUUGCACCGUCAACAACAGGAGCACGACGCAAUGGAAUGUGCCUCUCACAAGCCGAAAACUCAUGAAGAACGGGAACCAGUAGGGGCAGACACUGAUAAUCAGCGUGUAGCGUCCUACGACAUACAAUUAUCCGAGCAGCAGCCCGUUUCGCCGGCGGAAGCGGUUCAUACGGACAAGUUCAAAAUCAAAGCUGCAAGUCCUGCCAACGAGAACACGGAAUGUAACGCAUCUGCUUUGGUUGAAGAUAACAUCGAAGGAGAAGCUGAGGCGGAAGUACUGCAUUUUGUGGGUAACAGCUGGACGCGCAUUCCUUGUGUCAUUCUCCGCUACGAUAGCGACCAGAAACGAUUUGAGGUGCAGCUCCGAGACGGAACGCUUAAGACUGUCAGGCGGUUGGCGCUUCGCUUCUGUUUUGAACCCCCUCAGCUCCAGCAACAGCGGAUAGAAAUUUGCACAAGCAGACGGCGGCAAGCGCUGACUCGUCAACACUUUCUUAACUCGGUCAAUGGCCUACCAUCUUCGGCCUUUUCCCCACUGCCACAGAACUUCAUUAAUUGCAUCAUCAAAACAGCUACUGGAAUUGGCCCGCUACGGAAUCGCAGCGUGCUUCUGGAUUCUCUCCGUUUAGCAGUACAGCACCUCAAAAGUCGCUUCCUUGAAGCAUCGAAGCUUAGCGCUGUGUUGUAUUGUGCGGAACGUCUAAGGGUAGCUGGCAAACUUGAGUCGCGUCUGUUGAAUAACCCUUUUCAGCAGAAACAACAGCAACAGCAGCCGCAUGUAAACGAAGACUCUCAGGAGGGGGAAGAGGGUAAGGAGCAAGCACCACUACUGCAGGUCCUCCAGCCGAUGCUCCCGGCGCCUCCGCCUGCCCUUGGUAGGCUGAACAUAGGCGCUACGGGAUCAUUUGAAGCUGCACUGGCGCCGCUUCGGAAAAAGCCCCUCUUUGCUAAUAACAAGACCUUCAGACUGAGCUUGCUUUUGGAGGGAACAUUUUGCGACUUGGGAGGGCUGAGCUUCUUUGACCUGCCAAGCCGAAAGCUCCAGCGCAUCAGCUUUGCAAGGGUAUUCAAGAAGUCUGCAACUCUGAAGGUUGGCGAGUGGACGAUCCCGGAUCCAGAUCAAUACCUUAUAUACCAACAGGCAUUGUCUUCCGACGUAGCUGAUGCCCUUCGCGAGCUUGGAAGGGACUCUUUAUGUCACGCCCUAAUCAACGCAUUUGGCCCCUUGCAUACAGCAGCAGCUACAACUUAUGCAGCAGCUAGCGCGGGAGCGGUAGCAGCUUCAGCAACUGCCUCUUCUCCCACCUCAACCAGCAUGACAACGGCUCUUCCAGAUGUAUUCCUUCGCCGCCAGCUCAUUCGGUUCAACGCGAUGUUGCGGAGCAACUUAUUAUCAUUUGUCAUCGAAUCCGCAAAUGAAUGGAAGCAUUACAUGCUGCGGGCUGUCGAAGAGCGGCUUGACCCCGACGUGCAAAAAGGAGCAGCGGCAGCGCCUGAUGCUGCAGUUGCGGCGGGCUUCUCCUUAAAAGGAAACGUUCCCUGCUUCCUGAAGCUGCACAUAAUCAUCUCUAAUGACUCUCCCACAUUUCACCCUGGCCCAGAAAAGCAAGGUGGAAGACAUUCUCCGUCAAGCGCUCUUGACAAUGGUGGAUGCGACGCAGACAUUGUACCGUUCGCGGCCUCUUCAGAUGAGCCCCUCCUACGUCUAUCCCUAGAGGACCCGUUUCUAGCCGAUGCCGAGAGAGCAAUGGUUUCUGCAGUACAAGUUUCUUUUGCAGUGGCAGAAGAACUGCGUCAGCAACUUGCAGAAGUGGCUGCUUCUCUAUCCGCUGCCGUAGAACUUCCCGUUGAUGUAAAUGGAAUGGUGGACCUGCAAAAACUGCAGUCCGACCUUCAGGGAUAUAAGGAUGCUGAAGAUCGCCUGCAAAGGUUGUCUCCUCGGAUUGCAGCUAGGAUCUUUUUUGUGGAUGGCGAGAAGGCCAGGGCAAUGCUACGCUCCAAAGCACAAAGACUCAAGGAGCAAAUAUGCAACAAGGCCUUGGCGUGGGCAGAGAGCGAAAUUAACGAUCUCCACGAGGCGUGGGCAGAGGCAUUAGCGAAGGCCUCACUGGUGCCAACGAACGAGCAAGAGUUGAUUGAACUGAAGAAGUAUCUGGCUGUUGUUCAUCAGGAUACAGCCCCUUUGAUUACUAGAGGUCAACGUCUCGCUAAUCUGAUAGCACUCCUUGAAGAGCAUUUUGUCUUUGCUUCUUUAAGGGUGCAGAAGCAGGCCUUUGAACUCGACUGUUGCCCAAUGAGGCUUAAGAUGGCCCUCUGUGAGACAAAUGGCAUCCUUGAUUUAGCAAAAGAAAGACUCGAAGCGAGGCGGCAAGUAAGCGCUCAACAUUUGCAACUCGAAUCUGAGGAAUUGCGUGUUGAAGUGGACACAGCAGCUACCAUGUUCAAGCAUGUAGAAGAAUCCGCCGAAUAUUUACCAGUUUUGGAGAAACUGAGCCAGCGAGUUCAAGCCGCUCGAUUGGAAGUCGAUAACUUGCGCAAAGCUGAAGGACUCUUCGGUCUUGAGGCGUCGGAGUUUGAAGAGCUUGAAGGCGUUUGCGUCGUCUUUGACCGGCUCAAUGAUCUUUGGACCGCUGCGAGCAACUUCAUAAAGAGUCGAGAAGAAUGGCAAGCCGCUUCAUUAUCUCAUCUGGACUGUGACGAAGUGGAAGAAAAACUGCAGCAGUGGCGGCAAGUGGCCUCAUCUACACGAAGGGUGGCCGGCGUUUUCCGAUCGGUCGAGCCUCUGCAGGCAUGCGACAAACUCCUUCAAGCUAUCGCCUCCUUUCAGAAGAUGCUGCCCCUGAUGAAAACGCUGACGCACCCAUCGUUUCAGGCAAAGCAUUGGCAGGAACUCGCUGCGAGACUGAACGUCGAAGCAUCUGGAGAGGAGCAAGCCAUAUCACUCAACACCCUCCUCCAAAAAGGAUUGCCGGAAGCCACACAAGCUGUUGAAGUCAUUGGUUCUUCUGCAAUGCGGGAAUUCCGCACAAAAGCUUGCUUCCAAAAGAUGAGGGGAGCAUGGCGAGCCCUGCGCAUGGAAUUAGUGAAUCUUGGUAAUGAGGCGUUGGGCCGGAAAAUGCUCAAAGGCUUUGAUGCAGUCAACUCUUUGAUAGAAGAGCACCAAGCCAGCGUGCAAAGUUUGCAGGCUUCCCAGCUUGUUGGUGGCGUAGAGGUGCAGGCACGUGAAUGGCUUCGGAAGCUAAGCGACCUCGAAACCUUAUGUAGCCUUUUGGAAGCUUGCCAGGUGUCGUGGGUGUAUUUGACACCAAUUUUCGACUACCCGGAAAUGCAGCAGCAGCUUGCUAAGGAAGCCCAACUGCUCAGCGCUGUGGGCAUCCUGUGGAAGGAGGAAGUCAUUGGGCGGCUUGACGACAAUGCGAAUUUGCUAGAUCUGGUUGAGCUUGAAGAACUACCUCAAAAGUUGCGUUCAGCUUGCAGUGACAUGCAAUUAGUAGUGAGGGGGCUUAACGACUUUUUGGAGAAAAAGCGGCUCGCAUUCCCGCGGUUUUUCUUUUUAUCCAACGAGGAGCUUGUUCAGCUUUUAGCAGGCGCUAGCCAUGCCGAAGCGCUUGCGCCCCACGUCCAAAAGUGCUUCGAGGGCAUUCAUUCGUUGAACUUCGAUAAGGACACCAAGGAAGCGAACACUAUAUUCUCGCACAGAGAGGAGGCCCUUCCUCUGUUGGCAUCAGUUCGGCUGGUAAAGGACGGACAGUCAGCUAGUAUCGAAGACAUAUUCUUAUCCAUCGAACGCGAAAUGUGCGCGGCUCUCCAACAGGCAAUGCAGAAAGCAUGGGAAGAGUUCCCUUCAGCCCCAAGCCGGCUUGUAUGGACAACGGAAAUAUGUGCAUGUGCCCAGGCAGCUCUCGCCAUAGCGCACUGCUGCUGGACUGCCCAAGUAGAGACAGCAAUCCUACAGCACCAGCUGCCUCAUCUGGUCAAGGACCUGCAACAUCAGCUUCAACAGGUAGUCCAGGCUGUCAGAGGGCCACUAAGCCCCAUGAGUCGCUCGGCUCUAGCAACCCUGUUAACACUAGAUGUGCACUGUCGUGAUGUGACGGAGGAGUUGGUGCAAGCGAAAACGACCCACAUAACGCAGUUUGAAUGGAUCUCUCACCUCCGCAGCUACUGGACUCCUGCUGCACACCAGUUGGGUGGCGGAGCUGGGUCUGCAGGAUUCCUUGUGGGGGGAAGAGGACCCAAUAAAGGCGUAGCGCGUGGGAACUUCGGUAGCCUGCAGCUUUCUAUGGUAGAGAGUUGUCUAUGCUAUGGCUUCGAAUUGCUACGGAGCCCAGACCGUUUGGUGGUAACACCCCUUACAGACCGCUGUUACCGCACACUAAUGACGGCACUGCACUUCCAGUAUGGAGGCGCACCUGAGGGUCCGGCUGGAACGGGGAAGACGGAGACAACUAAGGACCUUGCAAAGGCUGCAGGAAAGCCCUGUCUUGUUUUCAACUGCAGCGAGGGUCUAGAUGCCGCGGCGAUGGCGGCGUUGCUUAAGGGCCUUGCAGCAAGUGGCGGCUGGUGUUGUUUUGACGAAUUUAAUAGGCUUCAGCUGGACGUCUUGUCUAUAGUUGCACUGCAGAUAUCAGCUAUCCAACAAGCUAUAAGACGAAAAGCCAUAACGUUCGUCUUUGAAGACACGGAUCUUCAGCUUAAUCCAACUUGCGCAAUCAAUAUCACUAUGAACCCUGGAUAUGCUGGCCGUUCAAUCCUGCCAGAUACGCUGAAGGCCCUGUUUCGUCCUUGCACGAUGAUGGUCCCUGAUGCUGCACUGAUUGCAGAAGUCAUGUUAUACUGUAGCGGCUUUCAGGAUGCCUUCAAGCUUUCAAAGAAGGUAUCCAAGUACUCCAGCCGUGGUAGUGCACACCCCUAG